UUUCGAUUAAGAGAUGCUGAGCUGUAAUAGUCAUGCCACGUGUCAACUUAGUUUGCAUCACAUAAAUACUUGAAACAAUCUCAGACUUCUGCAUUCAUCUAAAUUAUCUCAUCUCAUCUAAUCCCACCACAAGAAGAUGAUGAAUUCCCAAAGAUCAUCAUCAUCGCUCAUCGACCCUAGAAGCGGUUUCUACAAUGCAAACUCGACGUUUUACAGUAAACGUAAACCAUUGCCACUUUCGGCGAACACGUCGCUCGACGUCACCACUUUCAUCUCCUCUCAAGCUCACCGUCACCGCGGUACAACCGCCUUCCUCGACGCCGCCACGGGCCACCGCAUAAGCUUCUCCGAUUUCUGGAGAGCCGUGAAUCGUGUCGCAGACUGUCUCCACCUCGACGUCGGAAUACGAAGAGGCGACGUCGUACUGAUCCUCUCUCCCAACUCCAUCUACAUCCCCGUCGUCUGCCUCGCCGUCAUGUCUCUCGGCGCCGUCGUCACCACCUCGAGUCCUCUCAACACCGCCGGUGAGAUCUCCAGACAGAUCGCAGAUAGCAACCCAAAGCUCGCCUUCACAACGCCUGAGCUAGCUCCGAAACUCGCUGGUGUCCCAAUUGUCCUCGAGAGAGUGGGACCCACUCGCGGAGCCAGAGUCGUUGGGAUUUUGAGCGAGAUGGUGAAGAAGGAACCGAGUGGGUGGCGAGUGAGAGACCGAGUUAACCAGGACGACACGGCGAUGCUUCUCUACUCGUCGGGGACGACAGGACGGAGCAAAGGGGUGAAUUCGUCUCACGGUAACUUAAUCGCACACGUGGCGAGACACUUCGCUGAGCCAAUGGAGCCAAAUGAGAUAUUCCUCUGCACCGUUCCGAUGUUCCACACCUACGGAUUAUUAAACUACGUCAUGGCCACCUUAGCACUGGGUUUGACGGUGGUGAUCCUCCGGAGAUUCGAUCUCCACGAAAUGAUGGCGGCGGUUGAGAAGUACAGAGCCACUAGUCUGGUUUUGGCGCCGCCGGUUGUAGUAGCUAUGAUUAACGGAGCCGAUAUGGUCAAGACCAAGUACGAUCUGAGCUCCCUGAGAACGCUGAGGUGCGGUGGAGCGCCGUUGAGCAAGGAGGUUACGGAAGGGUUUUUAGAGAAAUAUCUAACGGUCGAUAUUUUUCAAGGAUACGCUUUGACGGAAUCAAACGGCGCAGGAGCUUCGGCUGAUACGGUGGAGGAGAGCCGGAGAUACGGUGCGGUGGGGCUGUUGUCGUCCGGUGUGGAAGCGAGGAUUGUGGAUCCAAGUACGGGUCGGGUCAUGGGUGUGAAUCAAACGGGCGAGCUUUGGCUCAAAGGACCUUCUAUUGCUAACGGUUAUUAUAGGAAUGAAGAAGCUACAAAAGAAGCUUUUGAUCCACAAGGAUGGCUUAAAACCGGAGAUCUUUGCUAUAUUGACGAUGAUGGAUUUGUCUUUAUCGUAGAUCGAUUGAAAGAGCUUAUCAAAUACAAAGGUUAUCAGGUGCCUCCAGCUGAGCUAGAGGCUCUUCUACUGAGUCAUCCAGAUAUUCUAGACGCAGCCGUUAUUCCGUUUCCAGAUAAAGAAGUGGGACAAUGUCCGAUGGCUUACGUGGCAAGAAAGCCUGAGAGCAAUCUGUCUGAGAAACAAGUUAUUGACUUCAUCUCUAAACAGGUGGCACCGUAUAAGAAAAUAAGAAAGGUUGCGUUUAUAAACUCCAUACCAAAGACUGCAUCCGGCAAAACACUUCGCAAGGAUCUAAUCAACAUAGCUACUUCUACGCUUUAAAAAAAAAAAAAAAAAAAGAUCGCUACAUUUUCAUUUUUAUUUAUAUGGUUUUUUCGACAUAACAAGGAACAAGUUUUAAUGAAUAAAUUUGGAGGUUACACCUGAGUAAUGAAUACAAAUGAACAUUUGAUACGAAGUAAACCCGAUAUUAUAAUAUCGCUAGAUGAAAUCCGCUAAAUAAUCGAUGGUUAUUGCUAGUUGAUAUCUACAUGUUAAUUGACUUGUUUUUGGUACAAAUAAUCACUGGAACAGCAAAUAUAUUGAAAAAGAAAAGCAUGGAUUAUUUUACUUAAUAGUAGCAUGCAUUGACUUGCCGAGUUAGUUUAGUCUCGAUAACAACACCUCUAUGAAAUGAUAAAUAUAUUUUGCAGAAUCUUACCCAUUUUUUGUUUUAUCUAGAGUUUGCACACCAGACUAAACCAAACCCAUCAUCGGCCAUCGCUCUCCUACCAAACCCUCUUUUCUAUUGCUAGUUAAAAUAUAUAACAUGAGGUUCAUGUCCUAAACUUUAUGAUUAUCAAUUAUUACGGGGAAUAAUAAUACUUUAGGAUGAUAGUGGUUGUGCGAUACCUUUAUACAGCAACAAAAUAUAAUUUUAUGAAGUAGCUCUUGAAACUUUUUUCCGCCGGAGUUGAGCUCAAAGAGCUUCAUAUCAUACGCCUGAGACUGAGAGAAAUGGCGGCUCCUCCUCAGAGACCUCUCAUCGAUCCCAGAAGCGGUUUCUGCGAAUCAAACUCCACAUUCUAUAGUAAACGCAACCCACUGAGUCUCCCGGCGAAUGAUUCGCUUGACGUCACCACUUUCAUCUCCUCUCAGCCGCACCGCGGCACCACCGCCUUUAUCGACGCCUCCACUGGCCACCGCUUCAGCUUCUCCGAUCUUUGGAGAGCCGUCGAUCGUGUCGCCGACUGUCUCCACCACGAAAUCGGAAUACGGAGAGGCGACGUCGUCCUCAUACUCUCUCCCAACUCGUUCUACGUUCCCGUCGUCUGCCUCGCCGUCAUGUCUCUCGGCGCCGUCGUCACCACCGCGAACACUCUCAACACCGCCAACGAAAUCUCCAGACAGAUCGCCGACUGCAACCCGACGCUCGCCUUCACGACUCCCGAUCUGGCUCCCAAACUCGCCGGUACCGGUAUCCCCGUCGUCCUCGAGCGCGUGGGUCCCACUCGCGGAGUCAGGGUCGUGGGAGUUUUGAGCGAGAUGAUGCAGAAGGAACCGAGUGGGCGGCGAGUCGUAGACCGAGUCAACCAGGAGGACACCGCGGUGAUGCUUUACUCGUCGGGAACCACAGGACCGAGCAAAGGAGUGAUCUCGUCGCACGGGAACUUAACCGCUCACGUGGCGAAAUUCGUCAUGGAUAAAUGGAAAGGAGACGAGAUCUUCCUCUGCACUGUCCCGAUGUUCCACACCUUCGGAUUAUUGUGCUUCGCUAUGGGCACCGUAGCAUUGGGUUCCACGGUGGUGAUCCUCCGGAGAUUCGAUCUCCACGACAUGAUGGCGGCGGUGAUGAAGUACAGAGCCACGACUCUGGUUUUAGCACCGCCGGUUAUAGUAGCUAUGAUUAACGGAGCCGAUCUGAUCAAGGCCAAGUACGAACUGAGCUCACUGAGAACGGUGAGGUGCGGUGGAGCGCCGUUGAGUAAGGAGGUGACGGAGGGGUUCUUAGAGAAAUACCCGACGGUUGACAUUUUUGGGGGAUACGCAUUGACGGAAUCGAACGGUGCAGGAGCUUCGAUUGAAUCGGUGGAGGAGAGCCGGAGAUACGGUGCGGCGGGGUUGUUGUCGCCUAGUGUGGAAGCGAGGAUUGUGGAUCCGGAUACGGGUCGGGUCAUGGGUGUGAAUCAAACGGGCGAGCUCUGGCUAAAAGGGCCUUCUAUCGCCAAAGGUUAUUUUAGAAACGAAGAAGCUACAAAUGAAACCAUUAAUUUGGAAGGAUGGCUAAAAACGGGAGACCUGUGCUAUAUCGAUGAUGAUGGGUUUGUUUUUGUUGUGGAUCGACUCAAGGAAGUAAUAAAAUACAAAGGCUACCAGGUGCCUCCAGCUGAACUAGAGGCACUCUUGAUUACUCAUCCAGACAUCCUCGAUGCCGCCGUUAUACCGUUUCCAGAUAAAGAAGCAGGACAAUAUCCGAUGGCAUACGUGGCACGGAAGCUUCAGAGCAACCUUUCAGAGAGACAAGUUAUUGACUUCGUUUCUAAACAGGUGGCACCGUAUAAAAAGAUAAGAAAAGUCGCAUUUAUAAACUCCAUACCAAAGACUGCAUCUGGAAAGACACUUCGCAAGGAUCUAAUAAAGCUGGCCACUUCUAAACUAUGAAAUGAUCUAUUUGCUAGAUUCUCACUUUUACUGAUGAUAUAUAUUGCUUGUAUUUCCAACAAGAGGGAAAUGUAACAGUAAUUUAUUCAACUCUCUCUAUCAAAAAUAUUGCAUGUUAUCCAUGGCAUGACAAAAGUGUACCAAAGCUCGUACACUGCCCAAAAUGGUUCAUCCGGAUGUUAAUAAUAAGGGGCACUCAUGAACAUAAAGUUAUGAAAAUAAUAUUUUUGACUUCA